AUGGCGCUCAAGGUAUGGCACCAGCUAACGCCUUACCUGGUUUUCAACUCAUGCGUCUUUCUUCUGGGGGCUGUGAUGUUUGGCAUUGAUACCGGCUCCUUUGGUUCAUUGCAAGCCCUUCCGUCUUUUUUGAGCCGCUUCGGAGUCCUCAAUUCCAAGGGGAAGUACGCACUACCACCGACGCGGAAAGCACUGAUGAACUCGUUGCCCUGGACGGGGAAGGUUCUUGGUUGCGCCACCGUGGAAAGGAUUAUCGAAGCAGUUGGGUACAAGAAGACCAUGUACGUUGCUGGAGCGAUUCAGAUUGUGGGAAUUAUCAUCGAAUUGACGGCACACAACUGGGCACAGUUUACCAUCGGCCGUAUAGUGGCCUACUUCGCGGUCGGGCUGGUUGAAAACGUCGUGCCGUCCUACAACGCCGAGACGGCCCCGGCAGCUGCACGAGGUCUUUUGUCGGGUUCAAUCAUGGCCGUUACAGGUCUUGGUAACCUCCUCGGGGCCGGACUGUCGCGAGCGUACGCGACCACCCAAACGCAGAAAGGCUGGAUUAUUCCAACGUCAAUCCAGCUCGUUCCCGCUGUCGCAUUCCUCGUCCUGGUACCUUUUACUCCUGAAUCUCCUCGUUGGUACGUCCUUAAAGGUCGCAAGCAAGCGGCCAAAGCUGCCCUCGACAAGAUCAGACCUAAGCAUGAUGUCGACAAUGGAGCCACGGCUGCCGAGGUGGAAGCGAUCGAUCAGCUUAUCGAAGAAUCGAAGGCCAACGAGCGUUGUUCGUGGUUGGAUAUAUUCCGUGGCAGCUACUUACGACGUACUUGGAUCUGUGCGACACUGUUCGUCCUAGAACAAAUGAACGGGAACCAGUUUGUCCUAUCCUACGCACCGACAUUCUACGUCCAACAGGGUCUAGGCUCCAUGUCCUUCACCUACAACAUUAUCGGAGGGGCGCUCGGGGUCGUCGGAUGUCUGGCGGGCCUCUUUCUCUUCGACAUCACAGGACGCCGUCCCUUAUUCAUUGCUGGGAGUGCCGUGGCAACUUUCCUUCUUUACCUCGCCUCGGGUUUGGGUCUGAUCCAUAACCCGAACCAAAGCGAGACCUAUACUCUCGUCGCCUGCUUUAUGAUCCUCCCGGCCUUUUGUCGGAUAUCGGCCUCCAAUUGUGCUUUCCUGACAGGCGCCGAAAUAGGAGGAGUCAGGAUGAGGAAGAAGAUAAUGGCUUUCGGUACAGUUUGCGACGUCGUAGCUGCGUUCCUGGUCACCUUCGUGACGCCCUACCUAUUACCCGGCAUGGGUGUCAAUAUUGGCUGGAUCUUUGGAUCUGUGGCCCUUUUUUCCACACUCUGGGGUGCUCUGUUCUUCCCAGAACUCAAGGGUCGAUCUUUGGAGGAAGUGGACGAACUGUUCGCGGCCAGACUCCAUGCAUGGCAAUUCAAGAAGUACGAGACCUGUGGAACGGGCCGGCUGCUGACGGCCAUUGAGAACGAAGGCGUCGCGCUGCCUGUGAAAGCCCAGGGGGGCAGGGCGGAGGUUACGCAUUCUGAGAUCAUCACGCCAAAGUCGGGCGAUUGA